AUGGCUGAAAGUAAGGUUGUUUCUACACCUUUACGCCCUAAUACCAAACUUACACUUGAGUGUACCUCAGAAGUUAUCCCUUCAACCCUUUACAGGCCUAUCAUUGGGAGCUUAUUGUAUCUCACAGCAUCUAGACCUGAUAUCAUGUAUUCGGUGGGCUCAGUUGCAAGGUUUCAAAGCAAUCCUAGAUCUUCUCACCUUCAAGCUGCCAAAAGAAUCCUCAGAUUUGUCAAUGGAACUCUUUCCUAUGGUCUUCACGACUUAGUUUCUCCCACAUUGCCUUUUAAAACCUAUUCAGCUACUGAUUGGGGUGGUUCUUUGCUUGAUAAAAGUAGUACUUUAGGAUGUUGUUAUCUCCUUGGCUCCAAUAUAAUCUCUAGGCUAAGCAAAAAUCAAGCUAUAGUUUCCCUUUCAACCUUUGAAACUGAGUACAUUACUACUUCUCAAGCUGGUUCUCAACUACUUUGGAUGACGACGACACUUACUGACCUUGGUCUUCAAUUCUCAGGUCCUCCCAAGUUGUAUUGUGAAAACUAA